GCCGUAGUAGCAUGGCCUGUUAGGAGAAUCCUCAUGCCUGGUCUUGUGAGCGCGAAAUCACGCGGUUCGAUGAAGACAAUGCGGGAGGGGACCAUGUCGAGGCCUCGGUUGGAGCAGCGAGGCACGAGCAGCGUACUAAUACGCGAAUUAGUUCGCACUAAGCUAGUGUUUCUAUACGUUCUACUGGACUUCCAAGGGCGCGCACAGCUCUACUACUCCUUACGCUACUGCUCUUCUUCGCCUGAUUUUCAAUUUGCGCACACGACUGUUCACAGGCCAUCACAGGCGACAUGGCUACUACUGGAUCCGUCUCUGUAUGGUGGGAUGUGGAAAGCUAUCCCAUCCCUGGGGUCCUUUCUCCAGUUGAAGUCAUCGAAAACGUCAACAAGUUCCUUGAGAUGAGAGGAAUUCACGAGGCUUGGAGUUUGAACAUCUUCGGCAGCGUUUUUCGUGUUAAUUCGGCCACAAGCCUUAUUUCUAACGUGAAAAUCCAUCAGUAUCCUCCAGGUAGAGCAAUGAUUCACGAGACUAUCCUCUUCUGGGCACUUGACGCGCGUCCGCCAGCAGCUAUGCUCGUCGCUGCAGCGCCCAGUCCUGACCUCUCGCGCGUUCUGCUCGGUCUGAAGCACCGGGAUUUCCGUGUUAUCCAAGCUUACCCGUCAAUUCUCAGUGUCGCUCCACAAGCAUCAGGUUCUAUGCCGGAGUCUCUCAGUUCGGAUUCGCAACAGUGCUUCAAGUCCAGUUUUAGAAGUCAGAUUUCGGUAGAUCUACCGGACGCCGAAAUCGUGGACUGGGAAUAUGUCUCAGCUGGAUUUUCCUCGCCUGACAAGCUCAGCCUGUCAAGAUUCCCUCUGACCGACGUGACGCCCCGCAAAUUGCUUCAAUACGUCAUGCACUCGUUAGAAUACGACAAGCUCCUACCCAGCGACUUCAAUGUCCAAGCACGCCUCCGCUAUGUCAUGGCCAAGCAAGGGCUCAAGGACGUCCCAGGAUGGUCCUCAUGGAAAUUCGUUGAGAAGGCUCUAGCAGCUGGGGAAAUCAGGGUCAUGUCGGAGGAGUGUAACGACGUCUAUCUGCCCAAGGGGAGGGACAGAUGCUGGCCGUGGAUCGACCCGUCGUUCCCCUGCAACGUUUACGAGGAUGACAUCUGGCUGGCGCUCCAGAAGUACCUUCUCGCUGAAGGACGUUGGGCAAUGGAGUCUUCCAAAAGCAGGUACCAUGCAGCAGAGACUCUGAAGAUAGAGGGUCCUCAGGAGCUGAGGCAGCUGGUCAUGGGUCAGCUGAUCCACGUGGUGCAGCUCUCAGUCACUCUCCGAGGCUGGUUGAAACCCCACCCGACCAAGUGGGCUCCCGUGCAAGUGACUAUACGCGAAGCUGCCCCACUCUUGCACCCAGGCCCACUCGUCUCUCCUAGGUCACUUUCAACUGCUGCCUCUCCUUCAAGCAAGGCGUCGGGCUACAGCGCUGCUGCGAGAGCUGGAGUUGAGACAAGCAGAGCGCGUGCAGGGACGCGAUCUGACAUCUGCAGUGUGGAUCAACGAGCUCAUUCAGGCACUUCGGCUGCUUCUGCCUCACCGACAAGGCUGAGUCUGCCAGCAAUUGCAUCCAUCGUUUCCAGGCCAGGUAUCCCCUCUCGUCACCUGCUGGGAAGAGAGCUGGCUGAGGUCAAGGCACAGAGCCCCCUUCCUGGAAAUGAGAGGCUCAGGGGAGGCACGGAACGUGGGAUAGAGGAGCAGGGGAGGGAUCAGAGGCAUGGGGGCAGAGGCAUGGGUGAACAGGAGGUGCCUGUGAAGCCAUGGGAUGACAUACUCAAGGUGGCUGCAACCUUAUCUGAACAAGAAGCAGCAGGAGAGGAGUAUAGUUGCCCCAGAAACGACGAACGUUUCCGAGGCGACUGGAGAUCGACCCCGAGGUCAGCAGCAGCAGCUGCAAAUCUUGAUGGCUUGCAGGUCAUCUCCCCUUCCCCCAUGUCUUGGCGCCGCAGGCAGAAGCUUCAGGAGUUCCGUGAGUUUGCCAGCAGGGUGCUCCUGAGCCAGCCACACGGGAUGCAGUUGGAUCAGCUCCAGCGGGAGUGUGCGCGCAAGAUGCCGCGGGGAUUCAACCCUGAGGCGCUGGGGUUCGCGAGCAUGAGGGACGUGCUGGAGAGCAUGAAGGACAUGGUGCGGAUGGAGGUGUUCCCUGAGGGGUUUGCGCUGGUCUAUGCUGCUGAUGAGCUGAAAGCCACCAGCUCUGGGGCAUCUUCCUCGUCCCUCACCAUGGCUGCUUCUGCAUCAUCAUCUGUUGCUGCUGCUGCCGCUGCUGUUGCGGCGGCUGCUGCAGCACAUGGACCGGAGCAUGAUAGACCACCUUCAGCAGGUACUGCUGCCGUUGCUGCUGGCAGCACCGCUAGCAGCGCCCGCCUCUCUUCCACUCCUGCUAGCACUCCUCCCGCCUCUCCUCCUCCUGUUCCCAAGCCUCGUCCAGAAGGCUAUCGUCGGUUUGACACCAGCUGGGGUGGCGAAUGCUCCCCACACUUCUCUCCACGGUCCUCCCCGCGCUCCUCUCCGUCCCUUCGCUACAAGGAACCACCAUUUGUGGACAGGAGGCCUGCAAGGGAGCAUGUCCGGACGCCCUCAUUCUCGUCUCCUCUAAGUCCGUUCACAAGUUUGAUGUCUCCUCCUUCCCUAGAUGCCUCCCCUUCUCCCCGACCACUUGGAGCAUUCAGGGGGCAGCAGAGGCCAAAUGGAAUGGGGGAGGAGGGCCAGGAGUGGAGCGAGGGCAGGAACAAUGCAUGGGACGAGGGGAUGAGUUGGGAUGAAGACAAGAGGUGGGGCUUUUGUGGUGGAUUGCAGGAGGGAAGCACAGCGUGGGGGUCUCCUGCUGGUGGCAGGCGGUGGACUGAGGGCGGGUGGAAGAAGGUGAGGGACGUGAGGGACGUGAGGGACGUGAGGGACGUGAGGGAGGUGGAGGAGGCACGAAAGGAGGGGAGUGAAGGGAAGACGGUGGAGGAAGCAGGUCAGCAAGCAGAAGAAGUAGCAGUUGUGCAUGUGGCUGCUGCAAUACCAGGAGCACCGGAAGGGUCUGCAACGUAUACAGCGACAUCUGGUCCAUCUGUUGGUGGAGAAGAGCCCUUUGCACCGCCGCCUUCCUCUGCUGCGUCCGAUGGCGGUGGGGCAGUGUUGCACAACAAGCCACACAUCAAGCCGGCACCACUGCCCCGUCUCGAGCUCCCUUCUGCAAUCCUUACCACAGAAGCAGCAACAGAAACCAGCAAGGGCAACCUGUCAGAAGCUAGGCCGGGCAAAACAACAGGUGUGGGGAAAGGCAGAGGGGCAGAGGGCGGGCAGGGCAGGGCAUUGCACAAGGCAGAGCUUAUGAGGAGCGAUCUGAGGCAGCUGAUGCAGGAGGUGCUGUCGAAGCCAGGGGUGCAGAAGACAGGUUACCAGCUCGCAUUCCUGAAAGGUGCUUUCCUGCAGAAGUAUGCGUACCCUCUGGAUCACUCAGUGCUGGGGUACCCCAAGCUGAAGGCGCUGCUGCAGAGCAUGGAUGACAUUGUCAAUGUGGCUGCUGCCCCUGGGGGCCAUGGGGUGCUCUUUCCUGCAAAAUCUGAGCCAUCUGCUGAAUCUCACUCGUCUUCUGCCCAGUCACUUGUAUUUUCCACAUCCUCGUCAUUGGCGUCAUCAAAGGGGGUGUAUAACAAGAUCACUGGUGCAGGGGUUAAUGCAGGCGAGGCGUCAGUGAAGGAGGUGGUGAAAGCGGCCACGCAUUGGCAGGUGAAGUCCCAGCCUGCUGGCAAGGCUAAAGAGCCUUCACCUGCACCCUCUGAUGCGGCAAGUACAUCAAGCUCUACACCAGCAGCAUGUUUCCCUGGAGACGAGCCCACGGUGGCAGCUCUCGUUGCUCAUAGCCCGAUUUAUGAUCAACACUUGGAGAUGUCACCCUUUGCGGAGGAGGGUACAGCGGCAAGGGAUGAGGGAUCACCGCCACAAGUGGCAGCACUUGUCCUGGCCAGUCUAAAAGGGAAGUUGGAGGGGUCUACCGGUACCUCAAGCGCACCUCAUUAUGCUGAUGCUGAAGAUGACAUUGAUGCUAGAGAACGGGGUAGGUGGUGCUCAACUUUGUGAUCAGUUAUACUCGUUGAGUAUUCUCUAAAUGCCCUCACGAAGGCUGCUCUUUUUUAGUACAAACGAAUGCUUUUCCCCUGACGCCUUGGUGUACUGUG